AAGACACGCUAAGACAAGGAGUUUGCAUUCCGCUUCUGUCACUCGCAUUGUUAAAACAUGAAAGAGUUAACGUGUGUAACUCUACUGAUCCUAUUUAUUCUCCCUAUUCACUCUUCUAACGUUACAGAUAAUGCUAAUAAUGUAACCGAUAAUACUUCUAAAGUGACUGAUGAAGUAACUAGUGCGAAAGACGAUAAAUUGGAUACACCUAAAGGUGAUGAGACGUGGAUAUCUGUCCAGAAACUCUUAAAACAAGCCGUGGAUGAAGUGAUAAAAAGGGCCCUUCCUACAGUUAUGAGCGGACAGAAUCAAGUUAACAUUUCUGGAGGAUGUAUGGGCAGUUUAAUGCAAUUUAUUUUCGACCUGAGACAGAUGAAAUUAUGGGCUUUACAGAUGGUAGAUGCUAUCGGAAAACCUAAUUCUGGUAUAUUAAAAGGUUCGUUAACUUUUCUUGGAUCUUACGAACAAUGUUUGGAUAUAGAACUUCACAAAUCACGUAAAAAGUUUAAAGGUCAAUAUUGUACUGUGGAUUUUCAACCCAUUUUACCGCCAAAGCCUAAAUAUAUACCAUUGUGGGAUCAUAGUCUUUUGGAAAAUGAACCCGAAUCAAGAACAAUACUGCUGUCAGAAAGAUUGUCGACUUUAAAUCAAUAUUUUUACAUCUUCGAAGGAAAAUUUGGUUUGUGUUUUCCGUCCUCGUGUAACAGGAACGAAGUUGAACAAAUUGUAAAUACGGUAUUGAAGUCAAUUAACUUGAAGAGUCGAGUCCAUAGAUGCGAAGUUAAAGAGAAAUUCCAGAUUACGAAAGAGCAGAUAACCGUUAUAUGUGUUCUGGGCUUAUUUCUACUUUUGGUAACGCUGGGAACAGUUUUAGACUACUGCUUCGAUCAUCGAAUUCAACAGUCAUUUAAAGAAAAUAAAGGUAAAAUUCAAGAUAUUAUAAUGUGUUUUUCUAUAAAAAGAAGUAUUAAGACAUUAUUUGGAGAGCCGUCGAUAGCAAGUUUUUCAUCUCUACACGGUUUUCAUUUUAUAACCAUUAUAUGGUUAACAAUAGGUUUAACGUAUCGCUAUUACGAGCCAGAAUACAUGCAAAAAAUGUUGAAUUUGGAAUCAGAUAGUAACCAGUUGUAUUUCCAACUUGUUCAAUCUUCUAGAACUGGAUUUAAUACUUUUUAUUUCUUGAGUGGCCUUUUAACUGCAUAUUUCGCCCUAAAGAGCCUCGAAGAGAAGAAGUUCAAUUUCAUAUUGUUUAUUUUACAAAGAUAUUUGAGGUUAACCGUAUUAGUAUUAAUUACACUAUGUUUUAUCACGAUUGUGCCAUUGUUUGGUUCGGGCCCUCUAUGGCACGAUGUAGUAGAAAAGAAAGUAGAACACUGUAAAGAUUCGUGGUGGAUGUAUCCACUGUUCAUCAGCAAUUGGAUGAAUUACAACAAUAUGUGUAUAUAUGCUUUUCAUUAUUCAAGUACAAUUUUCCAAUUACAUCUCAUAUCCCUUUUCGUCAUUAUAUCUCUCAGAUGGAUGAAGUUUGGAAUAACACUUCUUCUUGCAUUAAUCGUAACGUCCAUUGGAUGCAUUGCUUACUUCACUUUUUCACAAGAACUACAUAUCACGUAUACCAAAUUAUACGAAUCCGAAUUUCAAAAGACGCUAUUUGAAUACGUUUCCUUACAGACUUACACGCAUCUAGGCCCUUAUUGUAUUGGAAUUUGUACUGGAUAUCUUCUUACAAAGUACAACCACGUAAAAAUACAAAAGUUAUAUCAUACAAUUGGUUGGUGUAUAGCUGUGAUUUUAUGCCUGAUAGUCUUGCUUUAUCCUUACGUGAGCCAUCAUCGCAACGAACCCAUCGUAAUAGAAAGCAUGUUUACAAGUUCCUUCCAUCGCAUAUUAUGGUCUACAGCUCUGGCAUGGAUUUCAUUUUACUGCAUCACAAAUCAUUCUAGUGUUAUUAACAAGAUUCUCUCCUUUAGAAUAUUCAUUCCUCUUAGCCGUAUCAGCCAUCUAAGUUUAUUUUUGAUCGAAUAUAUCAUUCUAAUACGCUACGGACUUAUGCAAAGUUCAUAUGUAUACAGUAAAUAUAAUAUGAUGUAUGAAGUUUUUGGUCACUUGGUCAUGCUGACUCUGACUGCAACUAUUGGUUAUGUUUUGAUCGAAGCUCCAAUCAGUGCUCUUCAGUAUAAAAUAUUCUCCAAUUAUUCACGAAUUACGAUUGAUAUUAAAGAAGAGACUAAAACUCAACAACAGAGAGUUCAAUUACAAACUGUUUUAGCUUAUGAUAGAAACAUGUAAACAGAUUCCAUCAUAGAAGAACAAUGGAAUGUAUGGAAUGGGCCUCACCAAUAUUUUUUCCAAUUUAUUCAUUCCAUUACAAUAUUUUGUGUAUUAAUAAAGCCCUUUAUAGUCAAAUCCCGCUAUUUAAAAACAAUGGUACAAUUUUUAACACAGCUUUCUCUAUAUUGUAGGCCUCUCUCUAUGUUUUAAAGGCCUACAGUAUUGAGAAAGAUGCGAGAGAAACUUCUGAGAGGACCUGUAUGUAAAUAAUGAUUUUAAAUUGUGGUAUAACUUUCCUGUUAUGUAAUUUAAAUAAUGUAUAAAGUUUAAAGCAUCCGUAUUAGAUAAAUGUAAAUCAUUUGACGUAUGGAAUCGUAAAUUCGAAUAAUUACUACACCAUUGCAACAAAUUGAUUGCAAAAUAUUUUAUGAACUGAAGUAUUUUUACUACGAAAUGAUUUGCCUCAUUUUGUUUAGAAUGAGGAAAUUCUGUUAUACACGAUAAUUUAUAUACAAGAUAUAUACAAAAGCUAUGUUAUAAGCUAUACAAAAUUUUACAAAGCUCAACGGCAUUAAAAUAUGAUUCUUCACAAGGUCAGGCUAAUUAUAUAUUUAUUAUAA